UAUCUGAUCUAUCUGUGGGUGGGAAGCCCUGCAGGAGUUUACAUUCCACAUGUGUGUAACCGUGUCUCUCUGACAUUUAACAUCAUGCUAGGACAAGUUUGCAGGCUUGUCAUAACUUACACCUAUAUGACAGAGAUAUGAUGAUAUGCACAAAUGCUCUCAACCUUACUCUUGCAUGUGCAGCACAUAAGUAUUAUUGUUUUUAGCUUUUGUGUUACACAGCAUAUAUUUGCAUUGAAAGUAAUAACUCAAAUCUUUUAUUCUUUUUCUUUUAUAGGAUUGUACCCAUUAUCUACAUGUUGUUAUUCCCAGAAAAUAAUCUGUUACUUUUAUGUGUUUGCUUAAGGAAGAACAAAAGCAAAGUUGCUCUGGGAUGUUGCAAGGCUUUUUGAGGUUACAAAUCAGAGCAGGGUAUUUCAAAAUGCUCAGACACAAUGGAGACAGAGAAGACAAUCACAGUUAGUCACUUUGGCACAAGUAAUCAGAUUGCAGAUAACUUCCUGCUAAGUGGCUGCAGCUGCAACAACACAGAGCCAGUGUUAAUAGUAGUUGGAAAUUAAAACCAUAAAAAAAAGUUUCCCAGGCUUGCUGUGGGGUACAGUAGAGAAAUACUAGUAGUCUGCUUGACACAAACAUGCAAAUUUCAGAUUGCUGCUAAGUGACCUGACCUUUUCAUAGGAAAUCUGUUUUUGCAGGAAAACUGUUCUCUUUGUUUUCUUGAAAAACAGCAACUUAAAAUUUCACACAGGCUUGUUAACUGGAACCAGUGCAGUGAGUUCCAGUAAAUAUCAUAUAUAAAAUACUUCCUGAAAAAAACAAAGCAUGAAAAAAAAGCUGAAUCCUAUGAAUCUAAAUAACCACUAAUUAAUGAGAUUUUUUUUCUUAUGGGAAACAAUACUAAACGUAGUUCUUUACUCCAAAACUAAUGCAUCCUUCUUUUCUCUCCGGUACUGCUAAUGAAAAAAAGAUUGGUUCCUUGAAAUAAGGGGAGGGACAAAUGGUAUAAGAGUAGAAACAACUGCAGAGGGAACAGCUGAGCUUUAAUGUUUGCAGUCUACUGACUAAUACCGUUUCUUAUGAAUUAGAUUGUGUCUCUGACUUCAGCUUCAGAGCAAAUAUGUCUAUCAUUACUAUUGUGGCACUCCUGGUUCUCCUGACAAUCCCUGAGGGUAAAAGUCUGGAUCAUCCACUGGUCCAGAGAUGUCGAUGCCUCAGCAAGGAGAGAAAGCCCAUUGGUCGUUACAUAGGACAGGUGGAGGUGAACCCGCCCAGCUCCCACUGCAAGGACACUGAGAUUAUUGCCACUCUUAAAAAGGAUGGGCAAAAGAUUUGUCUGGACCCUGAUGCUCCUUGGGUCAAAAAAGUGCUUAAAAAGACACAGACUAGGCAGACAUCUUGAAAAACAAACCCUUUACAGAUUUGGCUAAGAGGGAGAGAAGAACCUUUUGGAUACAUCUUCAUCACCACUGAAGCUCAAGGUGGAAACAUGGAUUGCACUAACAGAGCACAGAGAGAAAAUGUUUUUUAAUGGGAAAGCUUCAAGUGGCAGCUGCAAGGUUGACCAUCUACCCAACUUUUCCAUUUCCUGUGUCAGCAACAAAUAAAGGUGUGGUGACACAAAUCUAGGUUUUGAGCAAUACGUUAAACAUUGUAUGUCUACUCACUUUAUAAGAGCUAUUUUUGUAAGCAAUUAAAAGAAUUGUAUUUCAAAUUGUAUAUUAAAUGUAUUUUUUUUUAAACUGUAGGGUAAAUGCACAAUAUAAUUAGUAUAUUGGUUUGUUGAGCAGACUGCAGGACAGAAUGAAAUUCAAGUGUGGUGUCAGUGUAUGAUGUGUUUUAUGUAUCAGCUUUGUUUGCAAGUUUUCUAUUCGCAGAUUAUAGAUUAUAUACAAUAGUUAUUUCUAAUCAUCAAAAUCAAAUGUAUGCAUGUCUUCAAAAAACACGCAUAUACAUUUUCAGAUUAAGACAAAUUUUUUGAAUACAUUGUAGCAUUAAUUAUAAACCAAUAAUCUGUUAAUGUCUCUCUCAGUCAUUAUAUUGGUUACACUUUAUAUUAAGGUACACACAUGCACCAUUAACUAGUUUCUUAUGAGCAUGCAUAUCAGUAACAUAUUGGCCUUUAUUAGUCAUUAUCAAGCACUUAUUAAUGCCUUAUUCUGCAUUACCAUAUCUGACAACUACUAGGCCAGAGUUUCUAGUAAGCGUUUUUCCUCAAUAACCUCCUUAUUACUGCUAUUUGAGGGGAAGUAAGAAAGUUGUUGUACAUGAAUUACAACCUCAACGUGCUUUACUCAGUAUGGGCCAGUCAUUCUCCAUUAAUGAGAUUUAAUAAAUAUGAUAUAUUCUAAUAUACAAAACAAAAAACUAUAGGUGUUAAAACUGUCCAAAUAAGUCUUUCUUACUCAGAAUGUGUUGCCUAUUCUUGAGUGAGGUCUCGCUCACAACUAAUUCACUAGCAGUCUGACACUUAUGAACCCACAUGUUCCCUAUUCUGAAGUUGCUUCCUCUUCACUUUUGGUAAAUCUUUGAUAGCACAAUACUACUGCAAUUACAUGAUAGGGCAUAACAUUGUUUGAUAUGUUUGGAAAAAAAAUGUGUGCUGCGUUUGUUACUC